AUGCUUACGAUAUGUAUCCUAGUUGUACUGCUUUUUCUCGUUAUAUUGUUACUGUUAUCACUGCGAAACAAUAGGCCAUUGCCACUUCGACCGUCUUCAAAGGUGCUUCUCGUCAUUGCUCACCCUGACGAUGAAACUAUGUUCUUUACCCCAGCUUUACGUUCACUAUCUCUCGCCGGUCAUCGCAUUUUUAUCUUAUGUGUAUCAAAUGGCAACUUUGAAGGACUCGGUCGGAAAAGAACUUACGAACUUCGAGAUGCUGUACAGCACCUUGGUGUAUCGCCUUCUGACGUCACCGUACUCGACUAUGACGUCUUUCAAGACGGAGGGCAAUGGGAUAAACAAGGCUUGGGCGAUGUAUUGUUGAGACAUAUGGAGGUGCUUUCUGUUGAUAUGGUGAUGUCUUUUGAUGGUGGCGGUGUGUCCAGUCACAAAAAUCAUAUAGCUUGUUUCGAUGCGUUGCAAGAAGUUUAUACUCGAGGCAUGAUCCCAGAAGAUGUGCAGAUUUUUGUGCUCGAUUCCGUAUCGAUCUUUCGAAAGUAUGUAGGCAUUUAUGACGCUCCCAUGUCAAUAGCUCGUGCUCCAUUUCACUAUUUCGCGAGAGGUCGGGACGUAGCAGCUGCAUGGCGUGCUAUGUGCAAACAUCGCUCACAAUUUGUAUGGUUCCGAUUUCUGUAUAUGAUCUUCAGCAGAUAUGUCUACAUCAACACGUUUCGUCGAAUUGCUCCAAUCAACAAAAUCCCAGUGGCUAAGCGAAAAAGCAAAAAUAUCUGACUCACGAAAGACCAUUGUUUUAUACCCAUUAUCAUAUGAUACUGUUUUCAGUCAUUAUCUCAUUAGAAGCCUAGGAACUGUUAUAUUUUUAUUGAGGGUUGCUCUGCUCAUCAUCUCCACAUCCUCUUAUAUUUGUUUUAUUCCUCCUGUUCAGUGUAUCACUAUUGUUGUUGAUAUUUAGGAAAAGGAAAUUUUAAUGAAUCUUUGUUAU